GGGUUUUGGUGUGUAAAGUCUUUGAUAUGCUCUCGGAACUGUUCGUAUCCAAAACUUUUAUCUCUGAUAACAUCGGAGAAGAAAAGGAAAGUGGUCGGAGUUUAAACGUUGAGAUUUGAAUUGAGAAUGGCUACGCUCACUGAUAUAGCAACCCUUGAGGAGAAGUACAUCGAAUUAUGCAAGAAGCAUGGAAUCCUACCCAACACUUCCGUUUUAUCUGCUUUCUUUGAGGCGGAGGUGAAAAAGUCAAGGAAUCAAAGAUGUAUCAUGAACCUUUCUGUGGAUAGAGUGCGGUACGAUGACUAUCACCCGCUUCUCGAGUUAUCCAAUGAGGUCAACACAUCUGAGGUACAAGGAAUUGAUCUCUUUGUGAGAUCCUCUUGUUCUUUAGAAGAUCAUCAUGCAUUGUCCUUAAUCCGUUCUCUCGGUCAAAAACUCCGAGUUGUUCAUCUACAUGACUCUUUCGGGAAAAACUUCUGGCGGGAAGUUUUCUUUCAAGGUUUGAGCUGCAAAGUUUUGAAUGUGAGGUCUUUGCAUUUCCAUAAGCUUAACAUCGUAGGAGAGUUCUCACAGCUGCACACCCUUAUACUUGAUAACAACCGUAUUGUUGGUUUUGGGGAAGGCUGUUUUUCUUGCAUGCCCAACUUGACAUAUCUUUCCAUGUGUGGCACUCUAGUGUCAGAUCUUUGGACAUCAGCUGUUGCUCUCUCGAAACUCCCUUCUCUUAAGGAGCUCCGGUUUCAAAUUUGGAUCUCUUGCAGUGAUUCUAUCCCACUUAAAUCCCAGUCAUCGCCAUCAUCAUCUACCACGGAUUAUAAGAACUCAUUUAUUGAAUCAAACCCUCCCAUUGAAGCAGAUUGGGACAUUGUUGAACAGAGGGAUCCUAGUUUACCUGUUGAAGAGACUCUUCAUAGCAUGGACUUCUCGUAUAAAUUUCCUGAGCAAGAUGAUUCGGAUUCACGUAUCUCCAUGUCUUCAGCGUUGUAUGGAGAAGUAAUCAUGAGAGAAAAGGCUAGGCAAGGGAAAAUGCCGUACCUACCCAAAGAUGUUUCACCCGUUGGUUCGUUCACAAGGCAACUUGGGAAUGUUGGGUUGAAAUAUAUUUCCUCUAAAGCAUCACCGAUAUGUUCUGAAAAGCAUUACAGGAUGUACAUGAUAAACUCUCUGCCUACAUUAAAAGUGUUGGACAAUUUGGCUAUCAGAAAGAGUGAUAGAGACAGGGCCAUUGAAACUUAUUCCGCAAACUUUGAGGACUUACCGUACAAAAGAAAGAAGGAAAGUGUAGUUAGAGUCCUUGAGAAGCGUGAAACAAGAUCAAGCAAAGGGAAAUCUCAGAAUUUCUAUAAAAGNAACACUUCCGUUUUAUCUGCUUUCUUUGAGGCGGAGGUGAAAAAGUCAAGGAAUCAAAGAUGUAUCAUGAACCUUUCUGUGGAUAGAGUGCGGUACGAUGACUAUCACCCGCUUCUCGAGUUAUCCAAUGAGGUCAACACAUCUGAGGUACAAGGAAUUGAUCUCUUUGUGAGAUCCUCUUGUUCUUUAGAAGAUCAUCAUGCAUUGUCCUUAAUCCGUUCUCUCGGUCAAAAACUCCGAGUUGUUCAUCUACAUGACUCUUUCGGGAAAAACUUCUGGCGGGAAGUUUUCUUUCAAGGUUUGAGCUGCAAAGUUUUGAAUGUGAGGUCUUUGCAUUUCCAUAAGCUUAACAUCGUAGGAGAGUUCUCACAGCUGCACACCCUUAUACUUGAUAACAACCGUAUUGUUGGUUUUGGGGAAGGCUGUUUUUCUUGCAUGCCCAACUUGACAUAUCUUUCCAUGUGUGGCACUCUAGUGUCAGAUCUUUGGACAUCAGCUGUUGCUCUCUCGAAACUCCCUUCUCUUAAGGAGCUCCGGUUUCAAAUUUGGAUCUCUUGCAGUGAUUCUAUCCCACUUAAAUCCCAGUCAUCGCCAUCAUCAUCUACCACGGAUUAUAAGAACUCAUUUAUUGAAUCAAACCCUCCCAUUGAAGCAGAUUGGGACGUUGUUGAACAGAUGGAUCCUAGUUUACCUGUUGAAGAGACUCUUCAUAGCAUGGACUUCUCGUAUAAAUUUCCUGAGCAAGAUGAUUCGGAUUCACGUAUCUCCAUGUCUUCAGCGUUGUAUGGAGAAGUAAUCAUGAGAGAAAAGGCUAGGCAAGGGAAAAUGCCGUACCUACCCAAAGAUGUUUCACCCGUUGGUUCGUUCACAAGGCAACUUGGGAAUGUUGGGUUGAAAUAUAUUUCCUCUAAAGCAUCACCGAUAUGUUCUGAAAAGCAUUACAGGAUGUACAUGAUAAACUCUCUGCCUACAUUAAAAGUGUUGGACAAUUUGGCUAUCAGAAAGAGUGAUAGAGACAGGGCCAUUGAAACUUAUUCCGCAAACUUUGAGGACUUACCGUACAAAAGAAAGAAGGAAAGUGUAGUUAGAGUCCUUGAGAAGCGUGAAACAAGAUCAAGCAAAGGGAAAUCUCAGAAUUUCUAUAAAAGAUCUCUUUGUGCAGCUAAAUUGGGUUCUUCUGCUUUGCCUCUUUUGCACUCACUUCCUUUUUUGGGUAGUAGGAUUCAUCAGGACGAUAAUAACAGUCAAUUAAGUCCAAGGCAGUUUGAGUACCAUCCACUGGAUCCUAGCCUAAUGGUAUUUGGGACUUUGGAUGGCGAGGUGGUUGUUCUCAAUCACGAAAGCGGGAAAAUUGUCCGUUACAUCUCAUCUCAUGGAUCUCAAAGUAGCAUCUUGGGACUUUGCUGGCUUAAGAUAUAUCCAUCUAUGGUUAUAGCUGGCUCAGCCAAUGGCUCAUUGAAGCUGUACGACAUCCAAAAAGCGUCAUCAGUGGUUACUACUAACAGUCAUUUCACUUCUGGUUCUGUGACUUUUGAUGAUUUUGACCAAUUAACUUCGGUUCAUGCUAAUUCGACGGACCAACUAUUUCUUGCUAGCGGAUACUCAAAGGAUGUGGCUUUGUAUGACAUUGGUAGUGGAACACGCCUACAGGUUUUUGCUAAUAUGCAUCAAGAGCAUAUUAACGUGGUGAAAUUCUCGAACCAUACCCCGUUUCUUUUUGCGACUUCUUCUUUCGAUAAAGAUGUGAAGUUAUGGGAUUUGAGACAAGAGCCAUCCCGACCAUGCUACACAGCUUCUAGUACCAAAGGAAAUGUGAUGGUUUGCUUUUCUCCAGAUGAUCGUUAUCUUCUAGCAUCACCCGUGGACAACGAGGUGAGACAGCUUUUGACAGUUGAUGGAAGGCUUCAUCUGAACUUUGAGAUAGUACCGAGAGUAAGCUCCAUGAACUAUACUAGAUCGUACUACAUGAAUGGUAAUGACUACAUCAUCAGUGGAAGCUGCGAUGAGAAUGUGAUCCGUGUUUGUUGUGCUCAAACUGGAAGGCGCCUUAGGGAUGUCACUCUAGAGGGAAACCGCUCGGAAUUUUCCAUGAUGUUUGUUCAGUCUCUACGCGGUGACCCCUUCAGGGAUUUUAACAUGAGUGUAUUGGCUGCGUAUACACGGUCGAGCUCAGUGUCUGAAAUAGUCAAGGUGAAUUUGUUAGCGUCAAGAGAUUCAACAGAAGAAGAAUCUCAUGGUCUACGUUCCGGCACUUCAAGUAGCAUGGGAGGCUGAAGAUUUAAAACAAACAAAUGCUUUUUAUUUGGUUCCUUUACAAACAAAAACAAGUGACACACACACCACUUUAGUAGAUGCCUAUUGUUGUUGUAAUUUAUUAUAUAGUACUAAGAAGAAUAUAAAAGAAUGCUGUAAGAAAGAAUAAUAAACGAAAAUAAAAUAAAAUAGUGUUAGGUCGAA